AUGAAGAUUGGAAGAGACAGCAGACAAAGGCAAGUUCUGUUGAUCUUUAUCUUACUGGGAGUGGCUGGGGCGGGCUGGGAGCCCCGCCGUUACUUUGUGUUGGAGGAAACACCAAGCCGCACGGUUUUGGCUGAUCUAGUCAAGGACCUAGGGCUGGGAGUUGCAGAGCUAGCUGCUCGAGGAGCGCAGGUGGUCUCUGAGGAUAACGAAUCACGCUUGCAGCUUGAUCUACAGACUGGGAAGCUAAUAUUAAAUGAAAAACUGGACCGGGAGGAGCUGUGCGGCCCCACUGAACCCUGUGUCACUCGUUUCCAAGUGUUACUGAAAAACCCACUGGAAAUAUUUCGAGCUGAGCUACGAGUGGGAGACAUAAAUGAUCAUUCUCCCGAGUUUCCUGAAAGAGAAAUGACCGUGAAAAUCCUAGAGACUAGCUCUGUUGGUACUGUGUUUCUUCUCAAAAGCGCUCAGGAUUUGGAUGUGGGCAACAACAGCAUUCAGAACUAUAACCUUAGUACCAAUUCUCAUUUCCAUGUUUCCAUCCGAAACCGAGGUGAUGGGAGGAAAUAUCCAGAGCUGGUGCUGGACAAAGGACUUGAUCGUGAGGAGCAGGCAGAGUUCAGGUUAACUCUGACAGCGCUGGAUGGUGGUUCUCCGCCCAGGACUGGCACCUCACAAAUCCGGAUUAUUGUCUUGGAUGUCAAUGACAAUGCCCCUGAGUUUGCGCAGGCUUUCUAUCAGGUGCAAAUUCUAGAGAACAGCCCGGUGGGUUCCCUAGUUGCUAAGGUCUCAGCCAAGGAUUUAGACACUGGAACAAACGGAGAAGUAUCGUACACUCUUUUUCAUAGUUCUCAGGAGAUGAGCAAAACUUUUGAGCUAAAUGCUCUAUCAGGAGAGAUUCGACUAAUUAAAACACUGGACUUUGAGACAACAUCUUCAUAUGAAAUAGACAUAGAGGCAUCUGAUGGCGGGGGGCUUUCUGGAAAAUGCUCAGUUUCUAUUCAAGUGGUGGAUGUCAAUGAUAAUUACCCAGAACUAACUAUUUCAUCGCUGACCAGCCCCAUACCAGAAAAUUCACCGGAGACAGAAGUGGCUCUAUUUCGGAUUCGGGACCGAGACUCUGGGGAAAAUGGAAGGACACUAUGUUCUAUCCAGGAUGGUAUCCCCUUUACACUGGAACCUUCCGUUGAGAACUUCUAUAGACUGAUGACAGAAGGAGGGCUGGACAGAGAGAGCAGAGCUGAGUACAACAUCACCAUCACAGUCACUGACACGGGCACACCCAGGCUCACAACUCAGCACACCAUAACAGUUCAGGUGUCUGACGUCAAUGACAACGCCCCCGCCUUUACCCAAACCUCCUACACCCUGUUUGUCCAGGAGAACAACAGCCCCGCCCUGCACAUAGGCACCAUCAGCGCCACAGACUCAGACUCAGGCUCCAAUGCCCACAUCACCUACUCUCUGCUGCCCACCCCCGACCCGCAGCUGGGCCUGGCCUCGCUCAUCUCCAUCAAUGCUGACAAUGGGCAGCUGUUCGCGCUCAGGGCGCUGGACUAUGAGGCCCUGCAGACCUUCGAGUUCCACGUGGGCGCCACAGACCAAGGCUCUCCUGCACUCAGCAGCCAGGCGCUGGUGCGGGUGCUGGUGCUGGACGCCAACGACAAUGCGCCCUUCGUGCUCUACCCGCUGCAGAACGCCUCUGCACCCUGCACAGAGCUGCUGCCCAGGGCGGCAGAGCCUGGAUACCUGGUCACCAAGGUGGUGGCAGUGGACCGCGACUCUGGACAGAAUGCCUGGCUGUCCUUCCAGCUGCUCAAGGCCACAGAGCCCGGGCUGUUCAGCGUGUGGGCUCACAAUGGCGAGGUGCGCACCUCCAGGUUACUGACUGAGCGUGAUGCUCCCAAGCACAGGCUGCUGCUGCUGGUCAAGGACAAUGGAGAUCCUCCAAGGUCUGCCAGUGUCACUCUGCAUGUGCUGCUGGUGGAUGGCUUCUCUCAGCCCUACCUGCCUCUGCCAGAGGUGGCGCGCGAACCUGCACAGGACAAUGACGACUUGCUCACUCUGUACCUGGUCAUUGCCUUGGCUUCUGUGUCUUCCAUCUUCCUCUUGUCUGUGCUGCUGUUCGUGGGGGUGAGGCUGUGCAGGAGGGCCAGGGCGGCCUCUCUGGGUGGCUGUUCUGUGCCUGAGGGACACUUCCCUGGUCACCUGGUGGACGUCAGCCGCAACGGGACCCUGUCUCAGAGCUACCAGUAUGAGGUGUGUCUGACUGGAGACUCUCAGAGUAAUGAGUUCAGAUUCCUAAAGCCCGUGUUUUCUAAUAUUCUAGACCAAAACUCUGGCAGGCAAUCAGGAGAUAAUCCACCCUUCCCAAAUAUUUUAGGCGUGUGAAGGUUCACGUUUCACUGGCUGUAUAAUUCUCUUUUGAUUUUGCAUUUUAUUUUCAAAGUUUGUAGUAAGUUUAUCUGCAUUUGUUUUUCCUUUUCUCUACGAGUUUAAGUAGUGUUGUUGUUUAUAAGCUUGUUAACUGUGUAAGUAUUUUUCAAGUUGUAUUGUUAUUGAGCAUUUUACAUCAGGACACUUCCUGUUCCUGAUUGAAUUGACAGUACUCUCUCCCAAAGACUGCGAAUUUCUUCUAAUGAACACAAAAAUUCUAAUUUUAAAAGUACAUUUCCUGGCGUAGGAGAAUAGAUUAGUUUAUAGAGUGCCUGUGCAGUUUGUUGGAUGCCCUAGGUUGGAUCACCCUGUAAUCCUAGCAUUUAAACAUGGAAGCAGGCUAUCAGGGAUUCAAAGCCAUCUACUACUUAGAGAAUUCAAGCUAGGCCUGGGCUAUAUGAUGAACAGGACAUAGUAAGUCCCCCAAAUAAAAAUGCACUCCUGAAUUGUGACACCACAGAAGAAUAUAUGAUUUCUUAAAAUCACACUUCAUUUUACAAUUGGAAAUCCUUAGGGUUUAUUGGGGGGCAUGACUAGGACUUCAAUGGCCUUAUUUGUGUUUUCUUUAGUAGCAGUUCAUAUUCAUUAAUGCUGAGUUUCUUCCAGAUUCCCUGAUUAUGUUUUCUAUUCUCUAACAGGAACUAACAAGGUAAUUUCAAGCUUUUUUGGAUGUUCACUGUAAAUAUGGUCUCAUGAAAAAAUAUAUCCAUAUCACCUGUUCUUUCUGGUCUAAGUUAACAUAGAAAAGAAUAAAAGCCUAUCUUUAGCCAAUGGGAGUACUUAGCAUGUUGCUCCUGGACUGCCUGUGUUCAAGAACUUUCUGUAAAGCCAAUAGACUCCAGGAACAAUACUAUAUUUCUUGCUGUUAUCACUUUUUAUAGUGAGGAAAUUUUGGUGUAAACCCCAAAUUCUUGGCUCAGGUUAGCUUCUGGUAGUAUAGCAUGCUGAUAUCUGCUUGCUUUGGUUGAUGACAUUGCUCUGAUUGAUAAGGAAUUUGGAAGAAAAUGCGUUAUAGAAUUAAUAUUA